CGCACGCUUAAAACUCAUCACACCAUCUCUUCCACUUCUCUCUCCACCGAUCUCUAGCAAUGGCGGAUCUCAUAGAAACCUACGCCUGCGCUCCGUCAACGGAACGCGGUAGAGGAAUUCUAAUCUCCGGCGAUCCGAAAUCCAAUUCCAUUCUCUACACUAACGGUAGAUCCGUUAUCAUCCGUUACCUCGGCAAUCCCUUGCAAGUCCACGUGUACGGUGAGCACAGUUAUCCGGUGACCGUCGCUCGUUAUUCGCCGAACGGAGAGUGGAUUGCAUCCGGCGAUGUUUCUGGAACCAUUAGAAUAUGGGGAGUACAUAAUGAGUUUGUUUUGCAUAAAGAAUUUCGCGUACUUUCCGGCCGGAUCGAUGAUUUACAGUGGUCUUCUGAUCAGUUGAGGAUUGUUGUUUCUGGUGAUGGCAAGGGGAAGUCUCUUGUUCGUGCUUUUAUGUGGGACACAGCUAGUACUGUUGGGGAGUUUGAUGGCCAUUCACGGCGGGUUUUAAGUUGCGCCUUCAAACCAACAAGGCCGUUCCGAAUUGCAUCUUGCGGAGAGGAUUUUAUAGUUAAUUUUUAUGAAGGUCCACCUUUUAAGUUCAUGCUGUCUCACAGGGAGCAUUCCAAUUUUGUCAACUGUGUUAGAUUCUCUCCGGAUGGCAGCAAAUGCAUCAGUGUAGGCUCAGAUAAAAAGGGGAUUAUAUACGACGGAAAGACUGGAGAAAUUAUCGGGCAGUUGUCGCAAGAAAAUGGUCAUAAAUUCAGUAUAUAUGCUGUUAGUUGGAGUCCUGAUAGUAAACAGGUACUUACUGUCUCAGCUGACAAAUCCGCGAAGAUAUGGGAAAUUCCUGAAAAUGGGGAUGGAAGUCUGAAGAAAACAUUGGAGUGUCCUGGUACUGGUGGAGUAGAUGACAUGCUAAUCGGAUGCCUUUGGCAACAUGACUGUCUUGUCAUUGUUUCCCUUGGUGGCACGAUUUAUUUAUAUUCAGCAAAUGAUCUCGAUAAAUCCCCAAUAUGCUUAUCAGGGCACAUGAAAAAUGUCAAUGCAUUAACCGCAAUUGAAAGUGAUCCGAAAGUGAUUCUGACAAGCAGCUACGAUGGACACAUUUUGAAAUGGAUUCAAGGUCGCGGAUACUGUGGAAGAAUAGAGAAGAAAGACAAUGCUCCAGUCAAGUGUAUAGCAGCUACCGGACAUGAAGUUAUCACAUCUGGAUUCGACAACAAGGUACGCAAAGUCCCUCUAAUUGGGGAUAACAAUGAAGCUGAAGAGAAUGUUGAUAUUGGAAUUCAACCUAAGGAUGUAACCCUUGCCAUUGAUUCCCCUGGAAUAGCUUUGGUCUCAACCGAGUCAGGUGCUGCUCUUCUUAAUGGUCUGAAAAUAAUAUCAAACACCAACCUUGGUUUCGCGGUGACAGCAUCAGUGAUUUCACCUGAUGGAAGUGAAGCAAUAGUAGGCGGUGAAGAUGGAAAAUUGCAUGUCUAUUCAAUCUCUGGUGAAAAACUGAAUGAAGUAGCAGUUCUUGAAAAGCAUAGAGGCGCCAUAAGUGUAAUACGAUAUUCACCAGAUGUCUCAAUGUUUGCUUCAGCUGAUCUAAAUCGCGAAGCUGUUGUCUGGGAUCGUGCCUCGAAAGAGGUUAAGCUUAAUAACAUGUUGUACCAUACUGCUCGUAUAAACUGCCUAGCAUGGUCUCCUAAUAGUUCUAUGGUGGCUACUGGCUCAUUAGACACUUGUGUUAUCAUUUACGAAAUCGGAAAACCGGUUUCAAGCCGUGUUACCAUAAAAGGAGCUCACCUGGGCGGAGUGUACGGUUUGGCAUUUACCGAUGACUCCGUUUUGAUCAGCUCAGGGGAAGAUGCCUUUGUUCGUGUCUGGAGGCUACAGCCACAAUAAGAUGCAAUCAGUUAAACUGCAGGUAAUUGAAAAUGUCCAGUUACUAUGGUUUGGUACUAAAAUCCCUUUCUGUUUUAUUUAAGGCCCAUAAUUAACCAAUUUUUUUGUCAGUUAAAAUUGUUUGUUGUUUAGUUUCAUCCAUGUUAUGCAAUUUUUGGAUAGUGAUAUAAUUUUUCAAUUUUGUAUGUGUGUAUAGCUAAAUGAGAAUAAUAUUCUUUUGACUGUUUGCUUUUUGUUAA